AUGAAUCUAUUUGAAUGGGCUUUUGGUAAAAGCAUAACGCCUCAGGAGAGGCUGAAAAAAAAUCAAAGAGCUUUGGAAAGAACUCAGAGAGAACUGGAUAGGGAGAAAAGGAAGUUAGAGACGCAAGAGAAAAAAUUGAUUGCUGACAUAAAGAGAUCAGCAAAGAAUGGACAGGUCACUGCAGCUAAGGUUCAGGCUAGGGAUCUUGUUCGAACCAAAAACUAUAUUCAGAAGUUUGAUAAUAUGAAAACCCAACUUCAGGCAAUAUCACUACGGAUACAAGCUGUCAGAAGUAGUGACCAAAUGACUAGAUCGAUGAGGGAAGCCACUGUUUUACUAGCUGGAAUGAAUAGGUCAAUGAAUCUACCACAAUUACAGCGUAUUUCUAUGGAGUUUGAGAAGCAAAAUGAUUUAAUGGAUCAGAGGCAAGAAUUCAUGGAUGAGUCGAUCGAUAAUGUCAUGGGCGAUGAAUUGGAUGAGGACGAGGAGGCAGAAGAAAUAGUCAACAAAGUUUUAGACGAGAUCGGAGUUGAUUUGAACGCGCAGCUCCAGAACACUCCUCAGAAUGUUGUUGCGAGUAGCAAUCUUUCUGAAUCUGGUCACCGUGUAGCAGAACCUGUUGGAGCUGGCGCAGAAGGUCAAUCUGCUAACCUUGAUGACGACUUGCAGGCCCGGUUGAAUAGUUUAAAGAGAUGA